UGCAGUAAACCGGGUGGUUUUUCGCGUGUUGGGCUAGCUUAGCUAUAGCUAGUAAAUCGCGGGGGGUUUGGGUUUGGGUUUGUGUCAUUGUGGCGUGAUGGCGAUGUGCCUUUCCUUUCCAUGAUGGGGAUGUCUCGUCGGGUUCCUCAAGGCUCGCGUCUUGCGGCGUUUGUGUGCGUGUGUGGUAGUGGAUUCCGCUGUGGCAGCCAUGCUCGAUUCCUUGGAUUCGUAGAGGAUUUGGCAUAAAAAAGGUUUCCUCUCUGGUUUUUCAAUUAAUCCCAGGUUCGUGGCUCGUGUUUGUUCGCCUCCGCGCGGCUGCGUUUCGGCGGAUUGGGGGUAUGCGAGGGCUGUGAGGUUGGUGGUGGUGCUUGUCCGGUCAUGGAGCAGAAGCCGUCGCCGCCGCCGCCGCCGAGGAGCGACGAGGAGGAGGAUGGAUUGAUGGGAUGCGGGAUGGGCGGGACGGGGGAUAUCGCCGGCGGUGACCUGGAUCUCAUGGAGGAGUUCUUGCUGGCGACGCCGGGGUUCGAUUUGUCGGAGUUCUGGCAUCCGGGGGCGGCGAGCCCCUUCUCCCCGCUGUUCGACAUCGGCAGCAGCGUCACUACCUUGACUACCCCCGCGCCGGCGGCCGGCGAGGACGACAGGGACGAGGCGGAGAUGCCCAGCCGUGGCGGCGGCGGCCUCGAGGUGAGCCCCGCGCACCGCGGCUGGACGUUCCAGACGGCGCCGCAGGAGGUGGCCGUGGAGCCGACGGUGAAGGAGCGGCUGCGCCGCGCGCUGGAGCGCAUCGCGUCGCAGUCGCAGUCGCAGGCGCAGCGGGGCGACGGGGAGCUGCUCGUCCAGGUCUGGGUGCCGACGCGGAUCGGCGACCGGCAGGUGCUGACGACUUGCGGGCAGCCGUUCUGGCUGGACCGCCGGAACCAGCGCCUCGCCAACUACCGGACGGUGUCGAUGAAGUACCAGUUCUCCGCCGACGAGAGCGCGCGCGCCGACCUGGGGCUCCCCGGCCGGGUCUUCGUCGGCCGCGUCCCCGAGUGGACGCCGGACGUCCGCUACUUCUCCACCGAGGAGUACCCGCGCGUCCAGCACGCGCAAUACUUCGACAUCCGCGGCAGCGUCGCGCUGCCGGUCUUCGAGCCGCGGAGCCGAGCCUGCCUCGGCGUCGUCGAGCUCGUCAUGACCACGCAGAAGGUCAACUACAGUGCGGAGAUCGAGAACAUCUGCAAUGCUCUCAAGGAAGUUGAUCUCAGGAGCUCUGAUGUUUCAAGUGAUCCUCGUUCCAAGGUUGUUGAUGCUUCUUACCGAGCAAUUAUACCUGAGAUCAUGGAUGUUCUCAGAGCUGUUUGUGAUACCCACAAUCUGCCACUAGCCCAGACAUGGAUACCGUGCAUCUGCCAGGCCAAGAGGGGAAGCCGCCACUCUGAUGAAAGCUACAAACAUUGUGUGUCCACUGUUGAUGAGGCAUGUUAUGUCCGUGAUUGUUCCGUAUUAGGCUUUCACCAGGCUUGCUCCGAGCAUCAUCUGUUCAGAGGUGAGGGUGUUGUCGGCAGGGCAUUUGGGACGAAUGAGCCAUGUUUCUCCCCAGACAUUACCACCUACAGCAAGACCCAGUACCCUCUCUCGCAUCAUGCCAAACUUUUUGGCUUGAGGGCAGCAGUUGCCAUCCAGCUGCGAAGUGUCAAGACUGGAAGCCUGGACUUUGUCUUGGAGUUUUUCUUGCCAAUGAAGUGCAUAAAUACUGAAGAGCAAAGGGCCAUGCUCAAUUCUUUAUCUAAUACCAUACAACAAGUAUGCUAUACAUUAAGAGUUGUGAAGCCAAAAGAGCUGGUAAAUGAUGGACCAUUUGAAAUUAGUCAACCAACCAGGCCAGAAUUUUAUGCCAAGUCUGUGCAUGAAGACUUGGAUGAGCUCUGUAGUGGUAUUAAUGUUCCUGGAAGGACAACAUCAUUGGAAGCAUCUGAGGAGGUAUCAUCAUGGAUAGCGAGCUUAGUGGAUGCUCAGAAUAAGGGAGGAAAGGGAGAAAUAGAUGUUGACUUGCCAUUCGGAUUCAGCAAACAAGAUGAUGAAGGAUUUAGUGUUACAGCUGGCUGGCAUACUUCUCCAGUUAUGGCACCUGACGGUAGCAUGUUUUCAGGGUUUAAGCGGCAUGAAGAUUAUGAUGUCAAAGAAAAUACUUGUUCCAGUGAUCCAAGCAAUUCAAACUCGGACAAAGCAGUAGAAAAACGGCGCACUAAGACGGAGAAAACAGUUAGCCUGCAAGAUCUUCGGAAGCAUUUUGCUGGUAGCCUGAAAGAAGCUGCAAAGAAUUUAGGAGUGUGCCCGACUACACUGAAGAGAAUAUGCAGGCAGCAUGGAAUUAAUCGUUGGCCAUCACGAAAGAUCAAGAAAGUUGGGCACUCCCUGAAGAAAUUGCAAAUGGUCAUUGAUUCAGUACAUGGUCCUGAAGGAACAGUUCAGCUCAGUUCACUCUAUGAAAAUUUUACCAAGACCACAUGGUCAGAAAGAGAGUUACAAGGAGAUGUCCAUUUUCCAGCAUCUGAGCAAAACUUUCAGCUGGAACCUUCAGUUCCUGAUCGUCCAUGUGAGGGCAGAUUCACUUCACAUACUUCUGGCUCUAAUUCCAUCUCCCCAUCCUGCAGCCAGAGCUCAAAUUCUAGCCUUGGUUGUUCCAGUGUUCCAAAGACUCAGCAACAGCAUGGUAGUGCUCCUCAGCUUGCAGUCAAAGAGGAAAUAUCUAUGGAUGAGAAUCAGUGCUCCACACUAAUCAAAUCUGCUAGCCAUGCAGAGGCAGAGCUGCAAAUGUUUGUUGAAGAAAGACCUACCAUGCUAUUUAGGUCUCAGAGUCAAGUACUUUUAAGUGAACACAAACCGAUAGAAAACAUGUCAAACGUGCAAAAGGCUAGGUCUGAUUCUCUCAAAAUAAAAGCCAUCUAUGGCGAGGAAAGAUGUAUAUUCCGUCUUCAGCCUAGUUGGGGCUUUCAAAGGCUAAAAGAAGAGAUCGUAAAGCGGUUCGGCAUUUCUCAGGAUACUCACGUGGACCUCAAGUAUUUGGACGAUGAAUCUGAGUGGGUUCUUUUAACCUGUGAUGCAGACCUGCUGGAGUGUAUUGAUGUAUACAAGUCAUCAAGUAAUCAAACAGUUAGAAUAUUGGUUAAUCCUAGCAUUCAACCGUUGCUCAAUGCUUCCUUCGGUCAAACUGGUCUGUCUUGACAGUGGUGUUGCAGCACUGAAAACAAUCAUCUCAUUGCUCCUUCAGGUAAAGAAUGCCUGACGCUGCCUUUGGUUGUAAGUCAAGAUGGCGUAUGCAGGCUUCAGAUUUGGAUACUUGGGCUGAGGUGCAAAUUAAUGGACAGCUGCCUGUUGAUGUUGCAGUUGAACCGUGCUGUGUUCUUGAAUUGGAAAUGAAGUAAUUGUUGAUGUUCCCUGUCGGUGCUUGGUAUUGAUUUGCAUGCUGAAGUUCAUGCAGUGGAGUCCACGGGAAUAGAAGAUGGAGCUGUAUGCCUUUUGUUCAGUUUCAUAACCAUAGGAACUUUGUGUAGGCAGACUAAACUAGUGUACAUAAUUGUAGGUGAGUAGGUCAGAGGAUGAAAAUAAUUGGCAUUUGUCGAAAUGAAGCUUUGGGAUAGAUUUAGCAGUCAGUUACAGUUCAAAAGUUUGUAGCUCUUUUGGGGUUUCAUCUGACUCAAUAGUUCUCAAGUGUUCACUUCAAGGUUUCAGCAUUUGAAAGCCUGCCUCAGGUUACCCGUUACAGCGUGUCUGUUCAGCCUUCAUGGGAGCAUUUUUGCAAUUCUGAAAUGUCUUCCCACCAGUAAGCGAAAGGGUUCACAAGAAAGCAGUUGCAGUGCUGGCAAUGAAACAAGAUCAUCAUCAAAGUCGAGAUGAAUUCUGUUGUUUUUAGAUCAGUGUUAGCAUUAUUGUUAAUACAAUGUUAUUUAUAUGUUGGAGUAGUUUCGAUGUUGCUCGUGUAAACCUGCUCUUUUACGGGUGAAGAUUUUUUUUUUUGUAUAUCAUGUACAGUACGGUAGAAAUGUAAGAAUUGUGCUACUUUGGCCUGGUUUUUCUUCAAACUUCCAACUUUUCUAUCACAUCAAAACUUUCC